AUGUCUCUUGUUAGGCCGGGCAGCGUUAGACAUCCAGAGCGCACAGAAAGCAACAAAGAGCAAGAUGAAGAAUUAAAUGUCCGGCCAGUACAACAACAGAAGGAAGAGGACCUGAACAUUCCGGAUGGCGGUUAUGGAUGGGUGGUUGUGGUUUGCCAGUUGCUGAUUACCGCAACAACAUGGGGCGUCAAUGGGUCAUUUGGUGUAUUUCUCGAUCACUAUCUCACAACAAAUGCCUUCCCUGGGACAUCAAAGAUAGCCAACGCCUUCAUAGGGGGGCUUUCAAUCUCGCAGAUAACGCUUAUUGCCCCUUUGGUGACCUUCUCGACUAAGAUCCUAGGUGUUCGACCAACACUCUGCAUUGGAAUAGUUUUCGAAACCGCCUCUUUGAUUGCAGCUAGUUAUGCAAGCAGGACUUGGCAUCUCAUUGUCACGCAAGGCUUGUUAUUUGGCUGGGGCUGCAGCUUCCUGUACAUUGGUACGUACGGCAUAAUACCUCAAUGGUUUUCAACCAAGAAUGGUGUUGCUACAGGUAUUGCAGACUCAGGGAGUGGAUUGGGGGGCUUGAUAUUCAGCUUGGGAGCCCGAACGAUGAUAUCUCGGCUCGGAUUACCGUGGACUUUUCGCAUAAUGGCUAUCGCCACGGGAGCCGUUAAUAGUAUCUGCAUGGCUCUUAUACGACAUAGGAACACGGAAAUACAACCUCGGCAGCAUGCUUUCGAUUACCGAUUACUGAAAAGCGCCAAGUUUAUUCUCAUCAGCGUUUGGAUCUGCUGCAGUGGGCUCGGCUACACCGUUGUUCUUUUUUCGUUGCCCAAUAACGCCAUAAACAUCGGCGCAACCGCCCAACAGGCAGCCACGGUCGGAGCCAUGGCUAAUCUCGGCAUGGCGGUAGGGCGGCCCAUCGUUGGUUAUUUCAGCGAUCGGGUAGGAAGGAUUAAUAUGAGCGCGCUCGCGUCAAUCCUCUCUGCUGUCUUCACUCUUUGUCUUUGGACCUCGGGCACGUCGUAUGGGGUGCUCAUUGCGUUUUCAAUACUUGGUGGGCUGGUGUUUGGAAGCUUUUGGCCGAUGACUGGGCCGGUGCUCGUUGACGUGUUUGGAACGCGAAUGCUUCCGACCACGCUUUCAGUAUCAUGGACGCUCGUAUCAAUACCCACGGCCUUUGCAGAGGCAAUUGCCCUUACGCUCCGCAGGGAUGGGAAGUCCGCGUACCUGUUCGUUCAGGUGUUUGCUGGGUCCAAUGCGGGAGAAGAGCGAAAGGCAAUUGAUGCUGUUAAACCUUCCGUUUGA